AUGAGGCCUUUAACUGAAGAAGAAACACGCAGCGUAUUUGAAAAACUAGCAAAAUAGUAAGUAGCGUGAUUGAUAGUCCAUGUUGUUUAUCUUGAUCCUUUCAAACACAUGUAAACUCAAGUUAAUUUUCUUGAAGCUGUAGAAACAAAACAUUGCAUUUUUCAAGCUUUUCUUUUACGAUGGUUUUUUAGUAUCGGAGACAACAUCAAACUUCUCAUAGAUAGACCAGAUGGAAAUUAUUGUUUCAGACUUCACGAAGAACGAGUUUACUAUGUCAGGUAGGUUGAAAUUUUUAUCUUUUAUAUUUAAAAAACUGUGGAGCCCUGGCAUUUACACGUUUCAAUUAAACUUCCCAAAGGUUUAAUAACCAUCCAAAAUGUUUAACUCAAGUUGGCACCUAUGACAUGGUUUCUUAAAAGAGUUCUCCUUAAAAGACAACAAAUAUUGGCAGUAUCUGUGCAUUAUUUAAGGCAUUUUGUAUGAGCAAAAUGACGAGUUUAUGCGACAACAUGACAAAUGUUUAUGGUACAGAUCAAAAUAAAGUUCAGGUUAAAAUUUUUUAACCUAGGUUGAUUUUCAAUUUCCUUUGUCUCCUAGCACAGAUUUUUCACAAACUAGGAGUAGGAGAGAAAGGAAAUUGAGAAUCAACCUAGGUUAAAAAAUCUUAACCAGAAGUUAAUUUUGACCUGUAACAUAUAUGCCAGAUGUAGAAUUUACCACAAGCUAAAAUCAGGAAAAAUUAAUAAGAAAUGAGUUUUUUCAUCGUAUUACUAAAACUUGUCAUUUUGCUCGUGCACUUGAGCGUGCUUGUUUUCCUUUUAUACGGUGAUAGUCCCCUAAAAGUAAGGAAAGGUUUGUUUGUACAUGUAUGAUAAUGCUUCAAUAUGUAAAACUAUGUAAAAACUGUCACUUACAGUUGUACUAAGUUUAUGUAGAUGUACAUGUAAGGGUAGGUAUGUUCUGCACUCAUCCCUCAGACAUCAUUUGUAUAGGUAAUAGCAUGAUUUGUAGUGAUAUUUGGCAUGAAUACCACGAGUGCUGUUCCGAAAUUGUUAUAGAUAAUUUCACAAACCCUUAGGCGAGUGAAAUUUGAGACAAUUUUGAAACAUCACAAGUGGUAUUUCUGCCAAAUAUCACGCACAAAUCAUGCUAUUAUUUGUUUAUACUACUACCCACAAAAGGUUUGUAAUUUUCACAUGUAGUUAUUUCAAAUUUAGCAGAAGUACCACUGCUCUAAGCCAAUCAAAUUGCAGAAAUUUCUCAUGCAGUAGUAUAACACAGGGCAACCAGUGAGAAUUGUGAAUUUUUUCCUUUUUCACUAGCCUUUGCACAGCCGCUCCCUCUCCUCAGAAAAAACGAGUGAUGUUUCGAAAUUGUUAUGGAUAAUUUCACAAGCCCUUAGGCAAGUGAAAUUUGAGACAAUUUUGAAAUAUCACAAGUGGUAUUUCAGCCAAAUAUCAUGCACAAAUCAUGCUAUUAUUUGUUUAUACUACUACCUGCAAAGGGUUUGUAAUUUUCACAUGUAGGUAUUUCAAAUUUAGCUGAAAUAACACUGCACUAAGCCAAUAAAAUUGCAGAAAUUUCUCAUGUAGUAGUAUAACGCAGGGAAACCUGUGAGAAUUGUGAUUUUUUUUUUUUCACUACCCUUUGUGCUCCCUCCCCUCAGAAAAAAUCCCGUCUCCAAUUCUUCUGAGAGGAGAGGUGCUUUACGCUGGUCGUUUUUCACCACCCUUACCAGUGAAAAGGUUCAGGAGGUUUGAUGAAAGUUAUCACUUUUUCCAGAUUUUUUCCAGUAAUAUUUGAUAAACUUCUUAACAAGCAAUUUAUGCAAUACUACAAGAAUACAAUACAAUGUACAUUGUACUAUACAGUAGAUAACUUCUUUUUAGCCUAUACAGCUUGUACCAGCACCCGAGCUCUGUGCUUUUAAUACCUCUUUUAUUUUGUUGCAGCGAGCAAAUCAUGAGAAAGGCAACAAAUAUUGCAAGGGAGAACCUCAUAAGCGUGGGAACCUGCAUCGGCAAGUUUACAAAGACAAAACGAUUCAGACUUCAUGUGACUGCUCUUGACUUCAUGGCACCUUAUGCUAAGGUAAGCCUGGUGUUUUUCUUUUUGUUUCGUGAUUGUUUCUGGUGUUAUUAUUAUGAUCAUUAAUGAGACUUAGUUCUGCUAGUCGACCAGAAAACUUCCUUGGAGCAGGUUACGGCUAGUAACCAAGAGUCUCGAGGGUCUGGCCACCUCUCAAGUCUCAAGAACUCUCUGUAGUAUUGUUUCAGUUUCUAGUAACACGGCCUUCUGUAUGUUCCCAGGUCUUACCCUUAUUCCAAUAUUCUGAAGCACUUAUCCAGAUGAAGAUGAUGAUCGUUAUUAUUAUUAUUAUUAUGGUUAUUACACAUGUAAUUAUUACUUACUUUUGUGCCACAGACCUAAAACUUAAAUCAAAAGUGAAUGCCACAGUUUCAAUAAUUACCAUAAAUCUUUUAUUAAGCCCCACCUCUCUAUUAAGCCUCCCCUCCCCGUCCCCUCCAUCCUUAUUCUUCACAAAAAAUUAACAUGGAGUGAUCAGUCAUGGUUUAUUCAGGCUGAAAAUUCAUAUUGUUUUUGGUCUUCGGCUGCAUGACCUCCAACUUUAUGUCCUGAACUUUUUCAACUUUGUGCUUUCGUUCUCUGUGGAGAAUUGUUACCGUUUUCUUAUUGUUAGAAAAAGCAGUAUAGCAUCCGGUAACCACAAGUCUGUCCUCAAGAAACCUUGCUUCAACUGAUGCAUUUCGCCAAAUUAAAUAAGCCCCCCCUCAAAAGUGCUUGAAAAAAUAAGCCCCUCAGGGGGCUUAAUAGAGGAUUUAUGGUAUUAAUUAGCAAUUAUUUGAUGAGGCUGAGUAUCAUUUGAAGAAUUAUGGAGAUCGGGGAGGGUGUUAAACUGGGCUUGGCAGAUAACAGCCUCCGAGAUCUCCAUAAUUCUUCAGAUGAUACGUAAGCCGAAUUCAAUAAUAAUCAUUGAAAAUAGCUUACAAUAAAUUUAUUAAACAAGUAUUAUUGUUUUAUUAUUCAUUCAAAAUAAUUCCUAGUCAUUCUUCGAUAGUGCGUGUUUAUCAGCAAGUCUAGGAGAUGUGUCUCUCAGUUUUGCUAAUAGUCUCCAAAUAGCAGAUGUCGUCUAUCGAGUUGUCUUCUUGCUACUCGUGCUAUGUUUUUAGCCAAUAGUUGCCUAUUUCUUCCUUGUGAAUCCGCCAUUUUGUACUCAUUACCAAAACAAUUCAGCCUUGUCCCCAGGUCUUCUUGGUUAACUGUUCAGUUUUCUGGUCAUUAUAAUCCACAAUUGACAUCAUUUUUCACAUAUUGCAAAAUCCUUCCAAAUUUGGUCAAUAGUAGCUGGUUAUGAUAAAUUAUGCGUAGGAUUUUAGCCAACCAGAAAGUGAAGAAUAUUUUGUAUAAUAAUAAUAAUAAUAAUGAUAAUUAUAAUGAUAAUUAUACUCACAAUGGAAUUUUUCUAAUGAGUUGAAAACAAAAACCCAAUCUGUAAUUCUAGGCUUAUCCGGCAAAAUAACAGUAAAGUGUGACGUUGAUUUUGUUACCUCUCAGUAUAAAAUCUGGGUCAAACCAUCUGGGGAGCAGUCAUUUUUAUAUGGAAAUCAUAUUUUGAAGUCUGGAUUAGGAAGAAUAACAGAAAAUACUCCACAAUACCAAGGUGUUAUUGUUUACUCCAUGAAUGAUCUUCCACUGGUAAGUGAAUUGAACUCAAGAAUAAGUGUUUCUCACCCUUGCUUCAAAAUGCAGCUUACCCUUCUCUUCACUAAUAUGCAAUCACUUCACUCUAUCUUCCGACAAUUUUGCACUUCUAGAAGUAAAAAUUUGUCUGGGAAAAACUUUGUAGUCAUCUAAAAGUCUUUGUUUGAGUGGGACAUGUCUUGAACAUCAAAAUAGUUUAUAAAAUCUACCAUUCCACCAUGGUCAAACAGUGCUUCUGAGCUGAGUUUUGAGCUGAACUACAGACUGUGAGUAGAAUGUAGCCCUACAGCUGUACUACAAACUGGGCUCAAACAAAUAUUCAAUAUUAAAAAAGGCCCCCCUUUACAAUACAAUAAUACAAUAAGUUUUAUUAACUCUCCCAAAGGGCUAUUCUGAAGUUAAUUUACAAAUGCUAAAAAAGAAGGGGAUAAGAAUAAAAAGCUUAAAUUGAUUGCAAUCUUGGUACAAAACUGAAAGCAUAAACUAUGUGCGUACAAUUACAUUAUCUCUUUGAAGAUCUAAACUAAAACAAAUAUUAACUAUUCACUAUUUAACGUAUGGGGUCUGCUCCCAUAAUUCGCAUUUAACACCCCUCUUAAAGGUACAUAGUGACGGGCUAUUUCUAGUGUCUGGGGUCAGAGAGUUCCAGGCACUUACAGUGCGAUAGUAAAAUGACCGUCGCGCAGUAACUGUUCUGCAUAGAGGGAGAUUUAGAUUGUCCCUUUUCCUUGUGUUGUAGCCUGUUCCAGGCUCCGUGAUAGUUGGGCCCACUGAAUUGAGAGAGCGCGAAGACGAAAGUAAAACGCCAACUUUUCGCAUGCCUUUUACUUUCGCCCCUCCCCCACUAUCUGAGAGCCUGGAACAGGCUACUUGUGUUGUAAUUGUGUACGUCUGAUCGCUUACUGAGUUUACUACUCAAGUACAACGGAGCGAGGCUAUUAACAAUUUUGUGCACGUGGGUAGUAUCACGGACUAAUAACUGAUCUUUGAUGGAGGGCCACCCUAAUUCCCGAAGAACAGGCGAGAUGUGAUGAAACUACCUACCCUUGCAAGAGACUUAGCACAGUCUAAUGCAUUCAGUGGAGAAUUUCUGCAAUAUUAUUAUAGUCUUGUCUCCAAAUAUGCCUGGAAUUUUACAUAUGACCUUUAGUUUGCUCUGUCUAAAGAAUUUAUUGACUUUGAUUUGCUUCUGCAGGUACUUUUAGAACAGCAGAAACAAACAAAGAAACCAAACAAUAAAAUUUCCUUGGGAGUUUUAUUGUUUGGUUCUAUAGUUUCUUCUGUUUAAUGUAAUCUGUCUUUGGUACCUGCAGUCAAUAGCAGCCACGCAGACCAGUUCAGUCAUAAAUAAGGACCAUAAUCAUAAAAUAAUAAUGAUGAUUAAUAAAUACUUAAUUAUCGUCUUUCCUUAUGAGGAUAAUGGAACAAAUAAUUCAGCUCAGGACUAUCCAGAGCAAAUCCAGCUAGCGGUCAGUGCGGUACUUGAGCUCGGAGCCUAACUGCUCAGCCAUGCUGCCAUCGAGUCAGAUUAGUCUUUAUUAUAUGGAGGAGAUUGUUUUACUGGGAACUAAACCACUCGUAGAUUCCAUACACCACUUCAUCCGGGACCCGAGUGGCGUAUUUUCCGUAUGUCACCUUUGUGAGUGUCGUAUCGUUCAAUGACGUCACGAUUCCCGCCUUUUGCUUUUGUUGAAUUGGUUUCUCCAUAUAAUAAAAAGAACAUUACACGUUGGCUCGAAAAUAUGAAUUUUAUGUUCGAGUGGCAAGAACAAUAUCUCACGAGUGAGCGAAGCGAACGAGUGAGAUAUUGUUUUUGCCACGAGAACAUAAAAUUCAUAUCUUCUCGCCACCGUGUAAUAUCCUCUAUAUAUUAAUAGUGUGCACAGCAGUGGUAGGUUGUAAAAUGCAAAAACUGUGGAGGAAACCCAUUUCAUUUUAAAGGAACCAUCUGGCCAGCCAUAGCUGGCUUCUGUUAAGUCCCUGUUGUGUGUGCACUAAUAGGGAGUUUAAGCAACAACGACGGCGACGGCUACGAAACGAAUUGCGGUCGUUUCGCCCGAAAGUCGAUUCGCCCGACGGCGUUCGCCAGGAAAUUAGUCGAUUCGCUCGAUCACAUUCAACACUGUACAACAUGGUGAACAUACCUUCCGAGGUGUUACUUUAGUUACCCUUGGAUUCCACACGUGCGGUCACUGUCUUUCUAUGCUUAUUCCCUUUUCCAGGCUUGAAGAACGACAAAUACACUUUGGGCGAAUGGACUUAGUCUGGGCGAACUGCUAUCGGGCGAAACGACUUUCGGGCGAAAAGACUUGAAACCUACGAAACCUUCAUUUAAAAAGUGAAUUCGCGCUACUUCAAACUUUAUCGCGAUAAUUCCAACUGGUUCAAUUCCUCAAUUGUUGGCAAAUUUUUCUGGAGUUGAAUUCUGAAAGAGUGUAUCAAAGUUCAGGAAAAGAAAAAGGAAGUUGUUGUCUUGUGUUUGCGCCCUCGACAAAACGUGAAAUUAGGCACUAUCACGUGGUAGUCGUGCAACGACGGCUAAGAAAGGUACAAAAAAACGCAUCCACACGUAGCAUAUUCGAAUCAUUUCCGCCCGUCCACACGAAAACGCUACAACAAUAGAAGUACGAUAGCUUCCUGUAUUGAGCAUGCGUCCUUCUAGAAGUAUGUGAUGUAUGACAUCAUCUAUUCGAAAACCUCCAUUUUCGUCCGUCCACAUGUAAAUGAAAAGCCGGCGUUUUCAAAAAUCUCCAGUCUGGAGAGCGUUUUUGAAAAGAUGCGUUUUCGGUGACCGUUUUUCACCGGAUACGUGUGGAUGGUAGGCCAAACUGGACAAAAAAAAUAUCCGUUUUCAAACAAAAACGGAUAGAGCGUUUUCACUCGCGUGACCAGCAUCUAUGCAAAUUUAUGGGAACAAAAGAAAAGGUUUACAUAAGAAAAGAGUUCAACUCCCACAGGAUUGGUUUGGAACAUCAACAUGGCAGCCGUUUUAUUGUUUUGGAACACCAAUAUGGCCUCCGUGACGUCAUGUGAAAACGCUCAAUACGUUUGGACGGGACCUUAGUUAAGCAAAAUAACAACUCUGCACGUGUAUCACGCUUUUUUGUACAUUUCUUGGCCGUCACUGCACGACUACGACGUGAAAAUCGGGAGCUUUAGCAACGACGACGCCGACGGCAACGAGAACGUAAACGUGCAUCACGCUUUUUUUAAGCAUUUCUUUGCCGUCGUUGUACGACUACGACGUGAAAAUGCCUAAUUUUACGUUUUGUCUGGGACGUGAACACAAGACAACGACCGACUUUGUUUUUCUUUUCCUGAACUUAGAAUUCAAUUCCGGAAAAAAUUGCCAACAUUUGACGAACUGAACGAGAUGGAAUAAGCGCGAUAAAGUUUGAAGCAGUGCGACUUCACGUUUCCUAGACGUCACCUCCUUUUUUGCUAACGUUCUCUAAUAUAUAUUUGAUGGGCAUCCUGGAUUUCAUAGCUUCAGGGUUUAUUAGCGCAGCCUUUAUCUUCCACAACUAUGGAUUUUGUCGUGGCUCAUUUGGCUUACUUUCCUUGACAGGGAUUUGGUGCCACAGCUCGUUCAACACAGGAUUGCCGACGGGUCAACCCCACUGAUAUAGUCUGCUUUCAUCAAGCUGAUGUAGGCGAAUAUUUGAGAUCAGAGGACACUUUAACAUAA